ACAUAUGACAAAUAUCUGAGACAGACCAGAGAUAUUUUUGUUCCUGGAUUUUAUCAUUUUACAGCUUUGCUAAUUCUAUGUUCUCUUUUUUGCAAACCAUAUAAAUGCAUGAUUUUGGAUACUGAAGCAUGCAAAAGCUGAAGCUUACGGACUUACCAUUUUUGCUUUCUGGUCUAUGUAAUUUCUAUCAAAAUUUCAUUGCUUAAACAGGAUCAUAAAAGAUUCUCCUUCAUUCAUGUGAGCCAGUAGGAAAACGCAGGAAAAAUAGAGAGGAAAAUUGCAGGUUAAGGACUGCAGUGCAGGGUAAGAGUUUCAUAAGGAAGAUGAAAAUGGCGGACUCACAGGAUAUUGAGAAAGGAUCAAGUGGCAGCUUGUAUCAGCCGUUUUUUCAUAAAGAUGAAAAACAACAAAACUCUCACGAUAAUGGUAAUCUGUUUAUGGUUAUUCUCUGCACAUUUGUUGCAGUGAUGGGCUCUUGUGAGUUUGGCUCAAGUAUAGGAUACUCUUCGCCUACUCAGCAAGGUAUAAUGGAGGAACUUGGAAUGUCCUCUGAAGAGUAUUCAAUGUUUGGAUCCAUACUGACUAUCGGUGCAAUGGUUGGUUCAAUCUCUUGCGGGCGUGCUGCUGACCUCAUUGGCCGUAAAGGGACUAUGAAGAUGUCAUCAAUCAUCUCCAUUGCAGGAUGGCUCAUAAUCUAUUUAUCUCUGGGACCUCUAUCUCUAGAUGUCGGAAGAUUUUUAACAGGAUAUGGGAUUGGUGUUAACUCCUAUGUGGUGCCGGUUUUCAUUGCUGAGAUAACCCCAACACACCUUAGGGGGGCUUUAUUAACAGUACAUCAGGUUGCUAUUGCCACUGGUCUGCUGGUGGCAUAUGCAGUAGGUGCAUUUGUUUCUUGGAGAACACUGGCUUUAACUGGAAUGAUUCCAUGUGCUGUUAUGAUUUUGGGGCUAUAUUUCAUCCCAGAUUCCCCUAGAUGGCUGGCAAUGGUUGGCUGCCAAGCUGAGUUCAAUGCUGCACUUCAGAAGCUUCGUGGAGAUACUGCUGAUGUUUCAAGAGAAGAAGCUGAAAUAAAAGAUUCUUUGGUAACGCUUCAGCAUCUUCCAAAAGCCACUGUGUUGGAUUUGUUUCUCAAACGAAACUUACGUUUACUCAUUAUUGGAGUUGGACUGAUGGUGUUCCAACAGUUCUCUGGUUACAAUGGAGUAGUUUUCUAUGCAAACCAAAUUUUUACAUCUGCAGGAGUUCCUCCAAAUGUUGGAAGCAUUCUCUAUGCAUGUUUACAGAUAAUUGUUCUUUCACUUGGUGCUGUUAUAAUCGAUAAAGCUGGAAGAAGGCCUCUCUUAAUGAUUUCUGCAAGUGGAAUGCUCCUUGGCAGUCUACUUACUGGAGCCUCCUUCUGUUUGAAGGAACAUGAAUUGGCUUCUGAUAUGGGUCCCAUGUUCACAAUAAUUGGCAUCAUGAUAUAUAUGGGCUCCUAUUGUCUUGGAUUGGGUGGAAUUCCAUGGAUUGUAAUGUCUGAGAUAUUCCCUCUCCACAUCAAAGGCAUUGCAGGCAGCCUCGUAACAUUGGUCAGCUGGGGUGGUUCUUGGGUUGUUUCCUUCACUUUCAGCUUUCUCAUGGACUGGAAUUCAUAUGGUACAUUUUUGAUGUUUGCUAUAUUCUGUGUAGUAGCGAUAGUGUUCACCUGGAAGUUGGUGCCUGAGACGAAGGGACGUACCUUAGAAGAAAUUCAGGCUUCCAUGGAGUAGAAAAUAGGACAAAGAAUAGAAUAGGAUUGGACCCACUGAUCCCAUUGCUAGGGCAGUGUAGUCCAGUCCAACGAGUGUAGAAGAAGUAGAUGUUAUUUGAACUAGUGGAAGUGCGUUUAAUUGUUGAAAAUGUGGGAUUGAGUUGAUGGGUGUGCAAUUCACUAAAAAUAAUAUUUUUAUGUUUAAAUCAUAAAUAAAUAGUAGUA